GCGUUUGAAGGUUUCGAACAAAGUCUUGUGACUAUGUGACCCCCUUCUGUCCUUCCUUUGCGUCCUUUCCAACCAAUGGGAAGAAGCAUUUGUGAGCAAAUUAUUGACCUCCAUUGCAGCACUUUUAUUUCAUCUCCACCACCAGUCGGCGUCAUACCGAACGGCAGCGACUAGCGUGGAGUCACUUCAAUGUUCUCGGAGAAGUAGUGCCGGAGUGCAGCUGAGGCAGCACCUCGUGAGCAGACGCCGUGCGCAGCAAGGAGUAAGGAGUGCGACCUCACACGAGAGAGAUGUAACAUAUUACCCCAACCACGUCUGACAAGUACCAAAAGGAAGGAGUGGAGCGGAGAGAGAGGGGGAGCGAGGGUGACAGCGUGCCAACAGACGAAAAGGGGACAAGCGACAAGCCCGGGAAUUCGGCGACUGGACCGGUCCAGAAGAUCUUCAUCCCUCCUCGGGGAGAGGGACUGAACAGCCCAAACAACUGUGAAGGAUGGAGCAGCAUUCAGCCGCGAAGAAAGUGAGCAGGAUGUCAGCCUGCAUGGCGUGGCUUCGACUUACUCUCCUUCUGAGUGGAUGCCACAAUGGAGGCUGUCAAUCCUCCCCGGGGGCUCAAAAGCAGGCGGCCGCCAGCGACAACAGCACAGUGUUCACCAGGAUCCUGGAUGGGCUCCUUGAUGGUUAUGACAACAGGCUGCGGCCUGGCCUUGGAGAGAACGUCACAGAGAUCAAGACAGAUAUUUUUGUCACAAGCUUUGGCCCAGUGUCUGACACAGAAAUGGAAUACACCAUUGAUGUGUUCUUCCGUCAGACUUGGAAGGACGAGCGCCUGUGCUUCAAAGGGCCGAUGGAGAAGUUGUCCUUGAACAACCUGCUUGCCAGCAAUAUUUGGACACCAGACACAUUCUUCCUCAAUGGCAAGAAGUCCAUUGCUCACAACAUGACCACACCAAACAAGCUGCUGAGGCUCACUGAUGAUGGCACUCUGCUUUACACUAUGAGACUGACAAUAUCAGCCGAAUGUCCCAUGCAACUGGAGGAUUUCCCCAUGGACGCCCACGCCUGUCCUCUCAAGUUUGGCAGCUAUGCCUAUCCUGUGUCUGAGGUGGUUUACACAUGGACUCAGGAUGCUGCCAAGUCCGUCGUGGUGGCAGACGACGGCUCCAGACUCAACCAGUACCUUCUGAUUGGACUAACCGCAGGCACAGAGGACAUACAUACAAGCCGAGGUGUCAUUUUGGCUAAACCGAGAAUCGGUUCCCGCACGGACAGUUUUUGGGGUGACCACAGUGCUGACUAUGACCACCCUCAGCAUCAGCGCCAGAAACUCCCUUCCUAAAGUGGCCUACGCUACAGCGAUGGACUGGUUCAUUGCCGUCUGUUAUGCUUUUGUCUUCUCGGCCCUCAUCGAAUUUGCCACGG